GCCAUCUAACGACUGGCAUUCCUGCCCGUUCCUGUUGGUACAAAACCCAGGGCUAUCCGUGUAAGCGCGGAACUUCUCAGUUUUGUUUGGCAUAAGUGCGGAAGUGCGCGUCUCGUGCGAAUAUCGUGAUCUCGGCAGCAUCCUCACGUUAUGGCGCGAGCACGCCGUGCGAAAUGAUAGGCCGCUGCUGCUGAUUACCGGCCUGUUCGUUCCUACGUACGUGCUAACCGUGUGCGUUGGCACGUAGAGAGCGGUCAACCUCCUCCCGCACGAGACUCGUUCGGCUGUGCCGCGUUGCUGGCGGAUUCCCCCCGGCUGCUCCCGCAGCUCACAGUAAAUAGAAAGAAUAAUUCCUUCUGGUGGAAAAUGAGCGCAUCUGCCCUAAAAUCAACAAUACCCGGGGUAGGUACGUCGUCGACUUCCACUAGCCACUCGAUGUUGCCCAUGAAUGCCAUGGCGCAGAAAGUCGCGGGAUCGGACAGUGGGUCCAUGAAACCUUUGUCGGGAAGCGGACUGAGCUACGUUACUCUGCAACCACCCAGUCAACCGUUGAGCCUGGUGCAAGAUCACAGACCCUCUGUAUAUCAGGCCCCGUCUUACAUAGGCAGUAGUAUGGAGAAGGAACCGGAAACUGAGAAACUGAUACCGAAUGGCGUUGAGGUAGCGAAAGCAGAACUUGAACAAGAUGUGCCUGCUCCCGUAAAGCAAACCGACUCCAACAGAAAUAACAACUUAAGCCCGGAGAAUCCUGCCGCGGAGCAACCGUGUGAAAUUCACACCGAACAGGAGCUCACGUCGUUAACUUUGGACUUUCCUGCUCUAUGCACACAUGCGCAAGUACAAACGCAAAAUAAAGUUGAGGAAAAGAAAACUCCUGUAAAUAAUGGGUCGGACGGCAAAGCAGUUAAUACUCCUGUACAUACGAAACAAUCACCACACAAGCCGGAAGAUACGCCAGUUAAAAACGAAGUCACAAAGGCAAAACCCACCACCAAUCAGAGUAUAAAGACAACUAUUGACAAUGCUGCUGCUGCACCGCUGGCUAGCACAGUAAAACCUGAGACGAAGGUUAUUACUUCCUUGAAGAUGAACAAGCGAAAAUCCCGAGAAUUGAAAGAUUUGAAGGGAGCGUCCACGGUCGCCGAUGGGGCGAGUAAACCCAAGAGGAAUCGAGUUCAAACGCGCCUCUAUCAGAGCCCGCUGCCAGACAUCGCACUGCUGGUGAAAAACCUCAACAAGACUCCAGGACCUAAAGCUACUGACGAGAAACUCAUUGUGUUCUACAAAAACGAAUUUUUGGCUGUGAGAAAUGCCGAGGGAAGCUUCUACGUUUGCCAAGCGGUGCAGAAUAUCUACAAAUCGAGCAGACGCGUUCGCAUACGUUGGCUGUCUCAGGACAAAACUAACGGAGAAAUCUAUUCGCCAGAUUUCUACGAUUUUACAGAUUUCGAUUGCAUACUGACAAACUUGAAUCUAAACAAGAUCGACAAGAAUAAAUUCCAAUUGACCAAAAUAGAGUUGCUGCGCACGGAGAAUAUUUUGAAACGGGCCAUCGAUGUGGAAGCCGGGAUAUCAGAAGCACCUCGAGUUACAGAGGAACAUCCCGAUGGUUUGGACCUGUCGCUGUAUAAAGACGAGUCACAGCUGAAGAGAAGAAAAGGCCUUCACAAAGAGAAGCCGGGUCAACGAAAGAAAGCGAAACGAACGACGAGUUCUUCGGACGACGACCGGGACGAGGAGCAAUCGGAGAAGAAGACGCCCAAGACAAACCGCACGAAGAAACGAUCGGCCAACAAAUCGUUGGCGAUCGCUAAGUCGGUCGCGAAGAACAGCAGCAGGGCGGAAAGAGCCCUGAACAGAAGUACGAAAUUACAAAGCGACGGCAAUGAUGCGACUGCAACAGCCGCUACUACCACCGUUGCUGCUACCGAUGCCGCUGGUGCUACUACUGUCGCCGUUGCCACGGGUGCUGCGAGUCCUGCCACCACUAAUGCGGCGGACAGUAAGAACAAUGCGGAGGCGAAGAAAUUCGAAAUGAAGAAGAACGGCAAGCAACAAAACAACAACACCACCGGCGUCCCGAGGACGAAACCCCGAGGUACCGCUCAAGCCGCGCAGCAGGCCAGCAAAAUGGCAGGUCGUCCGAAGCGCGUGACCGCCACCACCGGUGUUUUACCGACCGAGGAAGCAUCUCCGCGAAAGAAACCGCGCGGCCGAGCGUAAAACACACCUAACGCAUAAUUGCUUUUUUUAUGCUAUAGUUACAGACGAGUCUGUAUCGUAGGCAAUAUGUACGUGUGGUACACUUCUUGGAAAAAAAAACAAUUACAAUCAAUCUAUUGUGUAAUAUAUACAUAUGUACGAUCUCAAGAUUCUUAAAUGUAUCAUGUGCCGCGAUAUAUUAUAGUCCAACGAUACGGGAUCAACGACUUGUAUCUCUAAUUCGUCAAGUCGCAUUUGAAGAAAAAAAAAACAAGUGGACGUUAAAAGAAAAAAGUAAUGAAAAUAGAAAUGGCUCAGAGAGAGUGAGAGGAAAAAAAAGAGAGAGAUUAUAUAUGAGUAAUAUUGUGAUAUCAUACAAAAUUUGUACAUAUCGUCUACGUCUCAGACUCCAUCAGGAGAAGAAAGUCACGAAAUGUGUAAGAAAAAACGGUACCUUGAGUUGAGUAAUAAUUAUCUACAGGGUGUCACAUAUUAAUGCACUCUUGCAAUAGUCUAUUUUUGAUGUUGUGAGUGAACCGUACGUGAUUCAGUUGGUUUUAAUGUACACUUUCCAUUGGAUAUAAUAGCUAUGUACAAAUAUAUAUGUCCGGGAGAGGAUUGAGGGUUAUAUGUAUUCUGUAAAACAGAGAGAGAGAGAAAGGGAGAAAGUAGAAUUAAAAAGAAAAAAAAAAUAAGAGAGGACAAAAAUGCAGUAUCUCUCGACAGAGGGAGAACUGAAAACAAUCCCGAUUAUUGCCGAGUUUAACCCGAUCUAUCGGCGAAGGAUCUCGAAGUACAAUACCUGUACAUUAUGCUGAAUCCUUGCUGUUAAAAUGAAAAAAAAAAAAGAUAGCCCGUAAAAUGGUCCAGCGCCUAGUAGAGACAGGCAGAGUAAAGAAGUGCCCUGAAUUGUCUCCUUGUCGAGCCAAUGGAUUCGCGAAAAAUUCGCGAGCAGAAAGUAGCACGUUGCUUAUAUAGUUUUUUUUUUUUAAUUUGCACUCGCGCGUACCCUGUGAUUGUAAAAUUAUGGGAUCCGCGCUGAACAGAGAGUGUGGUGCCACGUUAUGAUCUAGGUACAUAGAUAUAAUUUUAAGAGAGGAAUUAUUCUUAUGAUCUUCUUAUUUACAGCUAAUAAGUAUACAAUUUUAAGUGUAUAAAUUUUGAUUUAUAUCCACGUGUUGAUUUUAUUUUUCGUCGACUAUUAGGCGGACGAAAUGUAUAUUUAAUA